AGAGGGAUUCCUUUCAAAAUGGCCUGCAGUUGAGUGUCCCAAUCAAAAUUUGGCGUGACAAUAUCAUCCUCCAUGAUCGAUCCCUAGCAAUGGCGGUGCUCUUGAGGAGGCUUUCUAGGGUUUCGGCCAUAGGAGGCGUCGAUGGCUUCGGGGGGCAAUCCAGUUCGAAUCACGGCCGUCGAUUUCCCUUUGGAGCCGCCGCCUCCUUCGUAGCCAGUGGAGUCGCCUUCUACUACGCCUCCUCUUCCCCCGCUGUGGCUCAUCUCGACGAGGAAGCUGAAGUUAAUGUCGGUAAAGUAGCACUCGACCCUGAAAAGUGGUUGGAGUUUAAGUUACAGGAAACUGCAAGGGUCAAUCAUGACACUCAGUUAUUUAGGUUUUCUUUUGAUCCUACUGCCAAGUUGGGCCUUGAUGUUGCUUCAUGCAUCCUUACAAGGGCUUCCAUUGGGGAGGAAUCCGAAGGGAGAAGAAGAUAUGUUAUUCGGCCGUACACGCCAAUUUCUGAUCCAGAUUCUAAAGGCUACUUUGAUUUACUGAUAAAGGUUUAUUCUGAUGGAAAGAUGAGCCAGUAUUUUGCAACUCUAAAGCCGGGUGAUGUUGUUGAAGUCAAAGGGCCAAUAGAAAAGAUCAGAUAUAGCCCCAAUAUGAAAAAGAAAAUAGGCAUGAUUGCAGGGGGCACAGGUAUCACACCAAUGCUACAGGUUAUCAAGGCUAUUCUGAAGAAUCCUGAUGACAAAACUCAGGUUUCAUUGCUGUAUGCGAACAUAUCACCAGAAGACAUUUUGCUAAAAGGUGAACUUGACAGACUCGCAGCUAGCUAUCCAAAUUUUAAGGUGUUCUAUACAGUCGACAAGCCGUCUAAGAACUGGCGAGGCGGUGUGGGAUAUGUAUCACAAGACAUGAUCUUGAAAGGCUUGCCUGGUCCAGGGGAAGACUCUCUUAUACUUGUAUGUGGACCCCCAGGAAUGAUGAAACACAUAUCUGGUGACAAGGCGAAAGAUAGAUCACAAGGCGAGCUCUCCGGGCUACUCAAGGAACUCGGAUAUACCGAAGAGAUGGUAUACAAAUUUUGAGAGGCUCACAAAAAGAUCAGUUGUUGCCAUUGGUUUUCCGUUGGUUUCAGAUGAAGAUGUUACAAAAUAACUGAGCUUUUGUUACAUCCCAUGUCACAAACAAGUGUUAAAGAUGGUGGCAUCCCUGUAGUUCAAUAAAAGAACAUUUUCAGACGUGAGAGUGUGAUGCAUUUUUGUUCUUAUGUUCCACAUUCACAGACAUUCUAGUUCUAGAAUCUGUAGUUGUGCUAUUUUUCUUUCGGCCCCUUCAUUUUAAAAUUUA